AUGGAGCCAGUUUCACCAGAGGAGCGUGAAGCGCUUCUCAAGGGCCCAGCUGCCACCCCCCCUCCAGGUUUGCAGUCAAACUUGACGGACCCUCCUAAUCAGAAGACUGCAUCGUAUACUAUCAUCAUAUUCUUCGGCCUCUUGGCGACGUUUGCGCUGAUAGUUCGUAUUUACACGAGAGCCUUUAUCUUACGUCGGGUAAAAGUAGCGGACUACUCUCUUAUUCUUGGAUGGCUUAUGUUUGUCGCUUACCUGGUCAGUGGCUGGCUAGCUGCGGAUGCCUCUCCAAUGGUCGAUCAAUGGAACCUGCGUCUUAAGGAUUUUAUCGACCUGCUUUUUCGCUUUUACGUGGGCUCCGCUUUCUACGGCCUGUGCAUGUUUUUCACCAAACUUGCUAUUUUGCUCAACAUCCUCGAGAUCUUUUGGUCUGACGAAAUUCUCUCCAAAACGUGUCAUAUUCUGAUGUGGGCGAACGGCAUUUUCUACAUUGUCUUUACGUUCCUUCAGAUAUUUUCAUGCCGUCCGAUCAGCAGAAGCUGGGAUGUAUUCAUAACGAACGGGACAUGUCUCAACACGCGACUCAUUACUCUCGUCGCGGGCGCAAUCAAUGCCGUUUCGGACCUGCUCAUUCUAAUCCUGCCGCAGCGGCGUAUCUGGGGCUUACAAUCGCCGCUACGGAAGAAACUGGCGGUCUCUGGGCUAUUCUCACUCGGUCUAUUCGCUUGCAUCGCCUCGAUCGUGCGACUCGCCUAUUCGAUCAUUACCAGCCAGACUUCGAAUCGAGCUUACUACGGCUACCUGGCAGGCACCUGGGCCGUCCCCGAAAUGUCGUUUGGAAUCAUGGUCGCGGGGUUUCCGGUGCUGCCGAAAUUCAUUAGCCAUAUACGAGAAAAGGACCCAAUCGCCAAGUGGAGAAGGUCAGCCAGGAACACGCGCCUGGGGUCGUCUUUUACCGGUCGACGCUCGAUCAACGCUCGGGAGGUGCCCCCUGAUCCGUCCUCGACGCGCGGCCGCUCCAAGAGAUCUAAAGAUCCGGACCAACAUUUGUUGAUCACGUCGCCAAGUCAUACGAGUAUCGGUAGCAGCUCAGAUGGGAUGUGCUAG